GGCCGCUGACGGGGAAAGAGCUAUACGCUGGUGAACUGAUAUUACGAAUCAAGGUUGAGUGGUAUUGCUGUACUAUAAAAGGAACAGACAAUCCCUUUUUUUUACCUCUCUUGCUCCGUCUUUCCCCUUCAACACUAAAGUACUGCACAGAUUAGACCAUAAUGACAUUGAUUGACGAGGGCGACCCAGACUAUCCAAAGCUUGAGGCUCCGUACCUCAAGUUGUACUCGCUAGGAACACCAAACGGACAAAAGAUCACCGUGUACUUGGAGCUGUUGGGGCUGAAAUAUCACUACCGUCAUGUUGAUAUUCUGAAAGGCACUCAAAAGGAGCCUUGGUUCUUGGAAUUGAAUCCAAAUGGUCGUAUUCCGGUGCUAUCUGAUGUUGAUGCAGAGGGACACCGCACUACACUGUUUGAGACAGGUGCUAUCUUGCAAUACCUUGGUGAGAAGUACGAUAAGGAGAGAAAGUACUACUACGACUUGUCAUCUCCGUACUACUGGGACCAGGUUACGUGGUUGACGUUCCAAGUUGCGUCCCACGCUCCUUAUCAAGGCCAGGCUUCGCAUUUCCUCAAGUUUGCCAAAGAGGAUGUUCCAUACGGCAAGAAGAGAUAUAAAGAGGAGACAGAAAGGGUGUUUGGUGUUUAUGAGUUGAGACUGAAGGCAAACAACGGCUGGCUAGUUGGAGACCAUCUCAACAUUGUCGACAUUGCUGCAUACCCUUGGAUCAGAAAGUACGAUUUUGUUGAGAUAGACAUCACCAAGUUCCCAGAAUUGGAGAAGUGGCUAGCCAAAAUCGAUGCUAUUGAGGGCAUUGAGAAGGGAUUAAACAAGGCUUAAUGGCUGAUACAGUGUAUAUGGAUAAAUUAACACAUUAUUGAUUAAGAAAAGAAUUAACGCGAAGCGUGACUCUAAACAGAGCAGUAGCCACCGUCAACCCUGAUGUCGGAGCCUGUGGUGUAAGUGGAUGCAUCUGAGGCCAGGUACAGGUAGGCUCCAACAAGCUCCUGCGGUAAACCUUCUCUUCCCAUUGGGAUCAAACUCCACCACUUGGCUCUAACCUCGGUUGGCAAGACAUCUGAUAGGCCAGAAUCGAUAUAGCCUGGGGAAACAGUGUU